AUGAGUGAAAACGAUCUGCUUUUUCGAAUUAGCCAAAUAACAACCUAUGUGAGCAAAUGGAUUAUAAAGGCAAAAGUCGUAAAUAAGUCGAAGCUGUCAACAUUCAAAAACAACAACAGCUUUUUUAGCAUAGAUGUAACAGACGUGCAUGGGGAUUCUAUUUCUUGUAAAUUUUGGGGAAGUGCAGCGGACAAGUGGUUUAAUAAUAUCGAGUUAAAAAAAGUGUACAUCUUUUCGAAAGGAAGAGUUUCCAUAGCAAAUCCUAAAUAUAACACAGUAAAACAUAAGUACGAAUUAACAUUUAAUGAGGAUAGUGAAAUUCACGAAGUAAAAGAUGAUGGAGAAAUAAAAAUCCAAAAAAAAAUAUCGCUAGUUAAUUUAAGGGAUAUAAAAAUAGCAACAAAAGAAACUCCAUUUACUGCAGAUUUAAUAGGUAUAGUGAAACAUAUCGGUGCUGUAAGUAACUUGAAAACUAAACAGGGGAAUGAUAUAAUAAAACAAAACAUAAUUAUUGUUGAUGACACAAAACAUUCUUUUGAAAUUUCCUUUUGGGAUAAUAAUGUUAAUUUAAUAGAAAAUGAAAUAAAAGAAAAUGAGAUUUAUAUAUUUACAAAUAUCAGUAUAAGAAAUUGGAAUGAUAUGAAAAAUGGAACUUUUGGAGUUACGAGUUCAAUUGAAAAAAUGGAGAAUUUAAAUGAUGAAUUAAAAAAUAAGUGUGCCGUAAUAUCUCAGUGGUAUAAUACAAAUGGAAAGUAUGAACAAUUUACAAAUAUGAGAAAUAUUUUGUCAAAUGAUGUUACACAAAUACCUGAUAAACAUUAUGCUUUAAGUGAUGUUAAUGACGUAUUGACAAAAGUAUCUGGGACAUAUACCUUAGUGGGAAGAAUUAAAAGAAUUUAUUGGAAAAGUAAAGAAAAUGAACAUAGGUUUUAUUACCCUGCUUGUACCAAAUGUAAAAAGAAAUUAUUAUCUAGUGGACAAGAAAGUUCUUUAGAUAAUGAUUAUGAUAACAAUGUAGAAGCUAAUCAUGAUGAAGAAAAUGUUGUAUAUUCUUGUAUGAACUGCGAUGAAAAUAAUGUAAAACCUUUUUAUAAUUAUACAUUUAAUUUUCUAUUUAUGGAUUUUUCUGGAUCAAUUACUUUAAGAGCCUUUUCUGAUGAAGGCUACAAUUUAUUGGGGAAAAAAGCAGAAGACUUAAAAAGCUUAGAUGAAGAUAGCCUAGAUUAUUUAUUUAAUUACGACUUCUUGUAUAAAGAAUACAAAGUUGUGGUUCGGGUUAACCAAAAGGUUUACAAUGGAAUUGAAAGAGUUAAUUUUACUGCUAUGAGAAUUUUCCCACAAAAACAUUCAGAUAUUUCUUACUUGCUCAAUGAAAUUCAGUCGCUCAUUACAAAUAAUAGUACAUCAAAUAAAAAUAAGAGAUCCCUGAAUGACGACCAGCAUGAAGCCAAAAAGCAGAAGGUAUAG